GGCAAAAUUUUUUUUGUUUGCGAGAUAAAAAUAUCAUGUUAUUAAUUAGGGAAAAGCGCCUCUUUUCACGCUGGUUUCCCACCAAUGGAUUCCGAGCAAACCGCGGUUAACAUUUAUCGCUAGUGAUCGCUGUAAUGACGAAGGGACACUUGUCUGAGAGACAUUGUUCGCUGCGAGGAGUUCAACGAAACAAGAACUUCAUGAGGCAUUACCACGAAACUACUUUACGGCUUUUUAACGAUGGAAGGUGCAUCAGAUAUUGCCUAAUUCAUCUGGACUUCCUAUUGCUGUGUUUGCUGCUCUUAUCGGAUCUUAAAUAACUUCCUUGUUUUUUUAUGAUGUUGCUUUAUUUUUCAAGGGCCGACGACUAUUUGAACGAGCUUUUCCUGAAUGCUGCUAAGGUGAGGUUUCUGUAGUGAUCAUGUAACGCUUCCGUUUAGCGUAAUUACUUUUAGUUUGCUGCUUCGUUAUCGCUACUUUUUGUACUCUUUUUGUAUGAAACGUUUGAUCAGACUAACUUUAAUUCCAUCUUUUUAAAUACAGAAUGGUGACUAUGAACGAGUUCAAAACUUUCUCGCUCGAACGUCAAGAAACAGCGUAAGUUAAGCUUACAAUACACAUUCAGAAAUAAAAUAGAAAUCUAGGCCACCAACAAUGGAAGGAUACAUAACACCUAGGGUAUUUGUUACGCCAGCUUGAUCUAAAUUAAACUUUUGCAAGCAUUUAUAAAUUUUACAUUCAAGGUGCUCGUUAAUGAAUAACUGUCUAAGUACAAUGUAUUCUAAAAUUGCUUGUUUUGUGUAUCUGUUUUAAAUUCAGUCUGUCAAUGUGGAUGCAAAAGACAAAGGCGGUUACACAGCAGUCAUGUUAGCAGCAGUAAACAAGCACGAAAAGGUGAUGAAAUUUGAGGUUAUUAGACCCAUUAAUACGUGGAGUGGGUAGCGCUAUCCAACAGGCCCCAGUUUUUCAAAAGGUGGAUAGCCCUAUCCGCUGCAUGGAUAAAUCACUAUCCAGUGGAUAAGGCAGUUGGUCUUCAUACUACUUAUCCGGUGGAUAGCGCUAUCCAUCGGAUAAAUCUCUAUCCACAGGAUAACGCAAUUGGUUUUCCUAAUACUUAUCCUCUGGAUAGAGAUUUAUCCCGUGGAUAGUGCUAUCCAGCUUUUGAACAACUGGGACCAGGCUCCAGGUGUUCAAAAGAUGGAUAAUGCUAUCCAAUGCAGCCAGAUAAAUCUCUAUCCACUGGAUAGUGCAAUUGGUUUCCCUAAUACUUAACCACAGUGGAUAGUUUUUUAUCUGGCCCCGGUUGUUCAAACGUCGGAUAGCGCUAUCCACCGGAUAAAUCACUAUCCAGUGGAUAGCGUAAUUGAUUUCCGUAACACUUAUCCACUGGAUAGUGAUUUAUCCGGUGGAUAGCGCUAUCCAGACUGAAGAACUGGGACUUAGGUCUGGCGUUAGAAUAAUGAGCUUGACUGGGCUUAACAUCAGACUCAAGAAGUUGGACCUGACAUAAAUUUAUUGAAAUGCAACAGGCCUCAGGACAUGCACACACUUAAGUGUUGUGUGCCACAAUGGACUUCUUUUACUAAUAUUGUAUUAAGCAUGUUCAAACUCUGACUGAUAAUGUAGGCUCAGUUUUGUUUCAGUGAACAAUUGCACUGCCUUUGAAAUUUUUUAUUCUUCAUCAUUAUGCUAUUUUUAUUAUUAUCAUUAUCAUUAUUAUUAUAAUAAUUAUUAUUUAUUUAUUUAUUUUCCACAUGAAAGGCUGUUGUAGGGUCUCAGUUUGAACAUUCUGACUUAUGGAGUUUUUGAUUCACUUCCAAGGAGAACAAAAAAGAAAAAAAAGACUAAUAGUUUUCCUUUAUUCUUUUGAUGUAUAGGUGGUGUCAUUGUUAUUGAACUAUGGAGCUGACAUAACUCUGUGUAACAGCAAAGGGCAGUCAGUUUUGGAUUUUGCACCAGACUCAAUGAGACCACUUCUUCUAGGUAAGUUAAAUAGUCUAAAACAUCUUUUUGGUUGGAGGUAGCGUGGGUGAGGAAGACAGUGGACAAAAGGUAGUGAAUGCCCACAGUCAGCUAGCGUGCAAAGAAAGUCGUGUCCGAUAGCCCGGGACUAGUGGAUUUUGCUCCAGGGCUAGUGAUUUUUGUUUUUAACUUGCGCGAUGGGCAAGUGCUGUUUUUGGAGGAAAUUCAAAUCACAGAAAGAUUGUAAUCAAUACUGCUAAUCAAAAAGGGUUUGGGUUAGUUGAAAUGACUUGUGGGCUAGUACAUGCUAGCUACAGCUUGCCCGAAUGACAGGCUGUAAAACUGACUUUCUUUGCACCCUGACAGUACCCUUUUUCCUCUCGCUGAAGCCUCGUAGCGAAGUAUGAAUUUUAAUAUAUUAAAAUUGGUCUUUUGAAAUUCCCUCUUGCUUGAGUAAUAUACAAGGUAAGCUUAGUUUUAAUGGUUUUAAUGCUAUUAUUGAAUGAAAAGUUGGGGGUUAAAUAGAAAUGUAAUUAUGAUGUUUUCAUUGACUUUCAGGUUCUGUAGCACGCCAAGGUUAGUUCAGUUGGAUUUGUUUAGUUCAAUAUCUGCUACAUGUAAAUGUAAAGUAAGAUUGUUUUAUAUAGUGUGACUUCAUAAUUAUACAUUUAAAAGUGGGUUGUAUUACUGUACUGUUGUGGCAAUUAAUUAUUAAAUAUUGUGAUAGAUGUACAGUUUUGCAAAAGUCAAUUUACAGUGUCAUUUCAUAAUCAGGGCUUCUGAUAUUUCGCGGAAAAAAAAGCAAAAUUUUGCGGGAUUUUCAGGGGCAAAUUCGCGGAAAAAUCGGCCGAUUUCGCGGGAUUUUCGCGGGAAAAAAAUCAAAAUUCGCGGCACAAUCGGCCGGUUUCGGGCAAUUUUGCGGGAGAGAAGUUAAAAUUUGCAGAAAAAUCAGCCCAUUUCGCGGAAUUUUAGCGGAAAAAAGUCAAUUUUCGAAGGAUUUUCAGGGGUAAAUUCUUAGGAAAAUCGGCCGAUUUCACGGGAAGUUUCGGGGGGAAACUUCGCCAAGAAACAAUCAGUAAAAAAAAAAGAUUUCGCUGGGAUUUUUUUGGCAAAUUUGGCUAAAAUCGAUCAAUUUUGCGUCGAUAUGACCAGCAUCGGUGAACGUUUUUGUAGUAGGGAUAAUCAUUUGCUCUUUCAACAACAGUUCGCUCGAGAAAUGAGCGAAUGUGAAAGCAAUGAACAUUAUGGUUAGUGCCGUUUUUCGCAACGUUCAUCUAAAAACGCCUGGUAGUUUUGGGACAUUGUUUACUCGUUGCAGUGACUAAGUUUCAAGCUAAAUUUGGACGUUUGGGGUGAAUAAAACCGGUCUAAUAGCCAAGAUAAGUAUUAAAUAUGUUUUGCUGAUAUGGAUUUGGAAAUAUUUCUGGCGGAUUUCGCGGUAUUUCGCGUUUUUUUGGGAAUUUCGCGGGAUUUCACGGAAUUACCUGAAUUUUGCGGGUCCGCGACCGCGCGAAAUAUCAGAAGCCCUGCAUACCGUAUUUAUUCGAAUAAGCGCCCAACCUCGAAUUAACGCCCACCUCGAAUAGGCGCCCAUCCUAAAGGAAGAAAAAGUUAAUAAGCGCCCAGCCUCGAAUAAGCGCCCACCCCUACCCCACCCCCCUCCCACUCCCACUCAAACUGAAAUAGGCGCCCACCCCCUUACACCUACCACCCCCCAAAAAGGAAUAAAUACUAAUAACAGACUUGCCCGAAGACGGAGUUUUCUUCAGAGUGUUUUGCAGAAACCUUGCUUUGUUACAUCUUCGCGUUUUGUUAUUACCAUUUACUGUUUUGUUGCAAAAUAUACAUGUUACACUUCUUGAAAAUGGUGAAAAUUUAAUAAGCGCUCAGCCUCGAAUAAGCGCCCACUCUCAAGGUCCAAAAAUUUAAUAAGCGCCCAGGGCGGUUAAUCGAAUAAAUACGGUAAUUGUCUUUUCACAAGAGUUAUCAGUUCACAGUCAAUGGAGAAAUUCUACUGACUAACCACUAGAUACUGUCACAUAAAUGAGUAGUUCCAUGUAUCAUUACACUGCUUGUUUAAAAUAAUAUUAUCUUACUUUGUGUACAGGAUAUUCCUCGCGUCAUUUACUACAGGCUGCUUGGCAAGGAAAUUCACAGCUUGUAAAGAAGUUACUAGUAAGGGACCAAUAAUUUUUGUAUUCAAGAUUCUCACCCAUACAGGUUUCAAGUUGUUCUUAACUAUUGAAUGUGCUUUCAGCGUGAUUGUUUUCAGUAAGGCAAAGUCAUCUCAACUUAUGUUUCAGGCUUCAAAAUCAAGAUCAGCCAUGUUGGAUGUAAACUGUAAGAAUGCUGAUGGCUUGACUCCUUUGCUUCUAGUUACCAGGGAUUUAAACCUCUUUGAGAAAAGUAUGUGAUUUAUUUUCAGUACAGUAGAACUUGAAGUUUGAUUACUCGAAUUCCCCACUAACGUGAACUAAAUUUCCUUUCUCUUGAAAAUGCCAAUCAGAGUGCAUGUAGUAUUGUAGCCAUAAAGAUGUAAUAUAACUAUCUUAAAAAAUAAUAUUUUCUGCAAGGUAUCCCAGUUUUCUGACCUUAUUAGUUCAAGGUCUGAGAUGAAAAAACAUUGGAUCAUAUUAUAAUAUAAUUUUUGUUAUGACAUACAGUGUAAUAUUCUGUUAUUACUAAGUAUUUUAUGAUUAUGAUUGCACUUGUAGUUGAGAAAGCUGUUCUGAAUAAUGGUUACCAUCCAGCAGAGGUGGUCAAAGAGUUGCUUCAACACAACGCGUAAGUUGUAUAAUAUAACUUUGCCACCAGACUUGAAAAAUUUCUUUAAAUUCUGUUGCUUUCUAGGGCUGAUUUAAUAUGGUUUGCAUUAAUUUUGGUGAACUUUUGGUUCCUGCAGUGACUGUGGAGCUAGAGACACUGAGGGGAAGAGGCCGCUUCAUUUAGCAGCUCACUGUAAAGGAAGCCAUGCUAAGAAUGUUGUUGAGAUGCUCAUUGAAAAGGCGUCAAGUGAUAUUGGUGAGUUUUACUCCCAGGGGCAGAGAGGGGCACGUUGGGGGUGGGGGAUGGUAGUAGUUUUAAAGACUAAUGUGACAAGGACAGUGCAUGCAGUCAAGAGCUUCUUGCACUUUUCACUUGUUGUUAGAAAUUCCUAUAUGCAUGAUAUACAUUGUAACAGUCAAACGCAACAGUGCAUGAGAGGUCAGUGUUUACAUUUUCUUUUAUCAAUUAUAUCUGGUAAGUUACACAUGCUUCUGUUGGCUACAUGACUGUUAAGGUCAUAUGCUUUAAUUUAAAUAAUUACCCUUAAAUUGGGCUUUUUUUGAACUUUUUUUUGAGCUUUUUUUGUUGUCUUAGAGGGUGUUUCCAAUUAAGGUUCUGUACAUGCUGGAAACAUUGAUAUGUUCUACUUAGGCUUACAACUGUACCUGUGGAUAAUUUGACCAAAAUUAAUUAAUUGCAUAUGUUACUGGUUUUCAGAUGUACCAGACAGGUUUAGCAACUCCCCGCUGCACUGGGCAACCAAAGAAGACAAUCAGCCUAUUCUAUUGGCUCUUAUCAAGGGGGGAGCUAAUGUUAAUGCAAAAGGUUAUGUUGGAAAGACUCCUCUCCAUAUAGCUGUAAGUGUUGGGUUGUGUGCAUGGUACGAUCAUUAAUGUAUAUCUGUUGCCUUUUGAAUUGUUAAAAAGGAAAUACAUGAGAAACCACUGAGAGAAUUAACAUCUUGUGAACGUCAGCCACCCAAGGAAAAAUCGUUCAAACUCAGUAGGUUUGGAUAACUUUUAGCCAGCAGAAUUUUUGGUAUAAAAUACAGUCAUGAGUCUGCUAAAGGGAAACGUGUUCCAAUGGAAUGUUGCGGGCUACACAUCGGGAAUAUCACUCCUUGUGAUUACCCUUAAGCCUGCCAGCACCAAUAAAAUAUUUUUUUCACUUAGGAAAAAUCUCCAGCAAAAUAAAAUGUCAACAUAUUAUUUUCAAGUUAUGAUCUGUACUGACUAGUUUAGCCAAAAAUGGAUAUCUUAAUGUAGCCAGAAGAAUUCUGCUUCAGUGUUUACUAAUAUGGAAACUUUUAAUAAAUUCAUUUUAUUAAACAGGCUUCCCAUGGAUAUGAAAAAUCAUCUGGAACCUUGCUGGAUCAUGGUGCUGAUGUGACAAUCACUGAUGACAAUGGUAUGUACAGCUGUGGGUGCAGAAAUCAGGGAAAUUGAGUUUCACUUGUAAUUUAAUGCAAAAUUGUCGCUUCAGUGAUUCCCUCGAGAUGUCAGACUCUCUUCUCUCAAGAUGAGAUACUUGUCUUGUCUCCGCGUGUCUGGCGAGAAAUGCAAGGAGACUGGUAACUUGCCUUUCAGCUGUACUGUGUGUAACGGGUGGAUGUGUGACGUGGUGGGCUAAUGGUUAACGUAAUAAUGUAUGGUACUUAGAUCUACACGAGUGGAUUUGAAACUUUGCCUUGCCAAUUAAUCCAAUGCUGAUGAUUAUUAUUAGUACAUGUGUAGGAGUACUGGUACUAAUAAUGUUUCUGUUUUUUUUGUUUGUUUUUAUUUAGGUCUCUCACCCGUAGAUGUAGCUAGAGGAAGAAAAGUACAGACAGUGCUUAGAGGUGUGUUGAUAUACUUUGAUACAGUAUGUGAUAAAAACCUACCUUAUAAGACAACAUGUAACUUCUUCUUAAAUGGACUGUUAUUUGAAAGAGCUUUAACUUUUGUCAAUUGUUUUUUUAUUUAUUUUCUUCUGGGCUUUCAGUGUUUGGUCAUUUAAUGGUGUUUUAUUUAUAUGUAUUCAUGAAUUUUAGUUUCAUACAGUCUGCUCCUUGGUAAAAGUUUGCUUUUUUACUUGUAGAUGCUUGGGCAGAACAAACCAAAUAUUUUAAAUCAAAGAGAAUCUUUUCAGGUAAAGUACUUGUAUAUGCUUUGUAGGUGCAUGCGGCAAUGAAGGAAAUGAUCAAAUUAAAAAGGAUGGCAAAUAUGUGGAAUAAAUUUUAUUAGCAAGCCAUUGUAAUCGUUAUCACUGGAUCAUCCUCGUUGUUCUUCUUGUACAUGGCAUAAACCUUAGAUGUUUUAUUUUAAACAGCUCCUGUGCAACCUGCUGAUCAACAAGACCUGACUGAGCCAAACACCCAGACUGCAGUAACACAGCAAGUCUCUGAGGUGGUUCUUACAAGCAGUUUUUAUUAGAGGCUUUUAGAUUCGAGCUGGACAAGACGACUACCGGACGGGAAUUGACGAGGUUUUUUCGCGUAUUCUCCAAAAAUAGAGACCCCGAAGAGCUUGAUUUUACUUUUUCCACCAGACAAGUUAACAAGAGUAUCUAAUUGAAGGAGGUUAAACCCUCUCCCGAUCGCAAAUGAUAAAAGUUUCAACUUUUGAAGACUUGUUUCCCUCCAUUACAACAUUAGAAAGUUAAAGACACCGUUUACACCGGUCUGGACAAAUUUUUGAACGGGCAAGAACUUGCACGGAUCCGCCUUUCCUUUACACGAGACCUAACGAACCGUACAAAUUUUUUGACCGAGAAAGUGUGUUAAUUUGCACGUUUCCGUGUAAACGGGGUCGCACAGACACGAAAAUUGUCCGGGCCCGUGUAAGCGAGGUCGAAGGCCUAAGAUGACACGACCGAAACGGCAACGUGAACGUCAAAAAAGUAUUGGUUGAAUAGGUAAAACAACAACUCUGCACGUGCAGCACGCUCUUUUGUACAUUUCUUUGCCGUCACUGCACGACUACGAUGUGAAAAUGUCUGGUUUCGCGUUUUAUGCAGGACAUGAACAAGUCACUACGAGAUUUUCUUACUCUUUCUGAACUUGGUUAUGGUUCUUAAGAAUUCAUCUCCAGAAGAUAUCGCUUACAUUUGACAAACUAAGCGAGUUGGAAAAAUAUCGUGAUAGAGACGAUAGAAUGACGGCGGCUAUCGCUUUUUCCCGCGAAAAUGACACUGGUUCACGCGGGCGCACUACUUUUUAAUAGUAUUUAGAAAAUCUGGUUCUCGUAGUCGUCCGCUUCUUAGAAUCUAAAGGUCUCUAUUGUUGGCUCCUCUGCAUCCUAUUUCCAACAGUGAUUUUCUUUGGCCUCAAGAGUAGUCACAUAAUCUUGACAACAUUGAUUUUCGUUAUUUUAUAGGAAUCUACUAUCACCCGGCUCAACACAGCCCCACUUCAAGGAGUAGAAAGUUAGUGAAAAAGAAAAGAAAAGUUGCAUAAGAUCCAAAUUAUAUAUAUGCGUUUUUUUAAACUCUUACUCAAGUUAUCUAGUUUGGUGGAUGCACUUUAACUUUUGAUAUUUUCUCUUUGAAGGUUUGAAUCGUUCGUUCUCUUGUUUCCACAGAAAAUGUUAAAAAAAGGUCGUCUCAAAAUUCAUUACGAGACUUUUCCGCACUUGAAGAAAGGUAUGUAUAGUGAUAGCAUGCAGAACAGCCGCAUUAUCAUUAUUAUUAUUGUAUAUUCUAGGAGAGCGCAGAGAACGAGCGACGAGACAGGCGAAUAACGCUAUCUUUGUUCAUCGUAUUAACCUGAGCCGAAUUUAUAAAAGUUACGCAAGUUUCGCAGGCUUCCUAGCCUGUGUACAAACGUCUCCAGUUUUUGUUCCACGCGGGACGAAAAAGGAAGUAGGCACGCGGAAAUUUCAUACUAAUAAUGCUCGGUUUGGUGUCAAUGAGACUGCCUUACUUAUAUUGUUCUCUGACAAUUGUUGCUGGCUUUUUUUUUUAACCAGGAAAAACAUUCUUCCCUCAAGAAAGAUUUCUGAUCUACGCAUGCCAAGAAUUCCAUCAGUUUCCACUACUAACUCGAACCCAGGUUCCCGGUCUUCUUCUGGCUUAGUUCUCCGAGAGCAUUCCAGGGAACAAGAACUGGGUUAGUUCCGUACUUCAAUAAAAUGCAAACGUGACUUUCUUGAUGGCGAAGCUGUAUUAAUUGUUUGAGGAAAGAGUGUCCUAAUAGCGAGCUUUUGUAAACUCUUUGCUCUUGUUAAUUUCAGUUUCAAGUGCAAGAGAUGCCCAAGUGACUUCAGGGGCUUUGCCAAGUUUGUCUGUUCUCAACAUCGAGCUAAGAUAUGUCAGGUAAAUAGAAAAUAUUUUCUCUUAUCUCAUGUGUUGAGGCAUUUUAGCCAGUCGGCAUCUAGUGUGUUGUUUUGUUUUUGUUUCUUUCUACUUGACAUAUCCUUCUGUCAAGUGAAAGGCGGGACACAAACCUUUAUAAAGACAAACAGAGUAACUAAGCAGUCAAACUCCAUCUUUGAGGAGUAAUUAAGUGUCUACGGAAACGAUUUCCGGGCCUUAAGGAUGUGACAACAUCAUGGAGGGUACCCACAUAAUGUAGCUUCGUGUUUGAAAGGAUUGACUGUAUUAUGCUCUCCUUAUACUCCUUGUUAAAUUGUAUAGACCUUGUCCCUCUGUUUAAGUUGCCGCUUUUCUUUUCUUAGAAAUUUACGUGGAGAAAAACCAGAGUCGCGGAAUAAAAACCGUCCCUACCAUUUACCCCUUCCGCCUAAUUAUCGCAUACGUCAUCGACUUUCAAGCCCAGUCCUCACGUAUCAGCGCAAGAUCUCUCCACCAGCAACACCUGAGAAGGACUUGCGACUGAGAUCGUCAUCGACCAGUCAGGUCCCAAGCCCCCGAGUAGCUGUACCGUCAAGAGUACCUCCUUUGGGAGUGAACCGAGUUUUGACCCCAGAGUUGAGAUCCAUCACUUCACCAGAUAUAGCUCAACCCAUCUUACCUGUAGCAGCUGAUGUCGUAGAUCUUGGUACGUACGAAAAUUCUUCUUGUUCCGCGUAUUUAUAUGUUUUUAGUACUUGAUCUGCCUUCUAGAGAGGUUAGGUAUAAGCCCUCGAUUAGUUUUAUAUCAUACGGCAAUUGGGAGGUUAAGUAACGACGACGGAAAAUUAGCAAAAAUACGUGUAAGAGGCCUCUCUUAAGAACCUGACUGCAAUCCGUUUGAAUCUUCUUCGUUUUUUUUUGUCCAUUCGUACCCUUUUUGUAUGUGCUGUGUAAUUUAAAUGUUCCUUUACUGUUUUAAGCGGUAUUUAAUCUCAAUCAAUGUAUUACCCAGUUUUGAUUAAAUUACAUCAUAGCGCCUUUAAAUGUUUUUCAGAAUUGCGCUUAGCACAUAUCCUCCUUUCAUCCCUUUUUUGUUAUAUUUAUUUAUUUAUUUAUUUAUUCAUGUUUGUUUAUUUAUUUAUUAUUUCUUAGAUCUACUUAGAAAAAAUGGUCUUCAAGGCGCAGAAGUUUCAGCGAGGGAAGUCUCGCCACCACCACCCUCCCCCCGUGGGUCUUCACGUGCGUCUAAUACGAGCCAAGGAGAAGGAGAACUGGAAUCUAAACAGACGCAAACUGGCGAGGGAGGCAAUAUGACAGACACCUUUACGUCAGUUUCACGCUCCAUGUUUUGGAUUCCCGCGGAUGAUAGUAGCAGUGAUAUUAACACAGAAUCCAGUGAAAAAAUGAAAAGGGAUUCAUCAUCAAACGGGACACAAUUUUACAUCGAUCUUAAAAACCUAGAGGCUCUUGCCUCGGGUAGCUGUUCGUUGUGCGGUGAAUCCCUUCCCGAGGAAAAACGCGCGGGACGGAGAGACUCCAACGAGUCGUCUUCGGGUAAAGAGUUUUGUAAGUCUUGUCAACCUCGUCGUAGAUCAAGUGAAGAUGUUUUCUGGAUUCCUUUUACCGAUAAAAGAAAAGCUUCGGCAUUAAAAACUUUGAAAGGCGAAAGUGGAGGUGAAGCCACAGAAACAGACGGCAGAAAGAAAUCUAAUGAUAAAACUACAGAACAGUGCAAAGUUCAUCAGAGGUCAGACAACCAGGCGGAAAAUCAAACAAAAACGAACUCAACUUCGGUUAUGGAACAUGAAAACAAAGCGGUUGUGUUGGCAAAUGCUUCUAGUAAGGCUUCAGCAUCUUCUAAACCACGGCUUCAUUCGUUUCCUUCAGACAUGACAGGUUUCAACGUUUCGUGUGUAUGUGAUAAUACUACAGGCGUUUGCUCUUGUACAAUUGUGAAGAAGGACUUGCUUACUUCAUCAUUUCCUGCUGAACAAUCAAGUAAAACCGAUACGUCCUCGUCUUCAAAUCAUUCAAUUGACAUCGCGGCAUUAAGGACUAGUUCUGCAUCAGUGGAUGUUAUAAAGACUGUUGGUGAAGCAAGCUCAUUGGUAGAUUCCACGCUUGCCACUCGACCAGGAGAUAUCGCUGCUUCUGCUCCUUCUUCUACGCCCGUUUUCUCUCCGUCUACAAGUAAAUUUAAGGCAAGGAAAGAAACCGACAUAACUCUCAAAUCUUUUUCGGAAACUGAUGUUUAUAAUCCGGCAAAUCAAGAGAGCACUACAGCAUCGUUAAGCAAUGAUAGAAGACAGAAUGGUGAUAGUAAUGAUAACGGCUUUGGUGAGGUUUAUGAACGAGAGGCGCUUGAUAAAGGUUUUACGGAGAAUUCGGCUUUAAAUCCAUCGUUAGAUGCUAGUCUACCCAAACAAGCAUGGACCACGCCCAGAAUAGAGGAGCCUAGCGCUCAUAGUGUGAGGAUUAUCAACCCCUUUCCGUCACCUGUACCCCCUGAAAGCAAGUCCGCUGUGCACCCUCCUAUCGGACCCGCAGAUGACACAAGGAUUGGGAAUAAAAGACCAACAGCUGGUAGAAAGGGUAAGAAAGGAGGCUCAAAACCAUCGGGGAACUCUAAAAGUGGCAAACCUAAAACUAAAAGCAAAGGCCCGGAAAACAACGGCAAGGGCGGGAAGAAGAAAGGAAAAGGAAAGAAGAAAGACGACAUGAAAAUGAUAACUGUACAACAAAGGGAAGUCAGGGAAGAGCUUGGACUUAAGACUAUUUCCCAAGGGGGUUUUGAAAUGCCGGAGGAUGUGCCGGUACCCCCUACCUUGUCAAUGGACUAUCUUUCCACGUUUCGGCCUUUUAACAGCCGGACGCUUAAAGGAAAACACACUAUCUUGAGCCCAAUACCGGAGUCCCCUCGGAGCAAGGCAAGCACCCCACGGGUCAGUGAUACUUCCGAGAUUGUAACAGAGAGUAAUAAAGGGAACCCGGAGGGAAAUGCGGUCGAAAACCCCGCGUUAGGAGGUACAGAUGAAAAGGCCUUGGACACUUACGAAGGAGAAGCUACGAGAGAAGAGUUUGAUGAAGUAGAUGGAGGAAUUAUGGGUAAAUUAAAGGCAAUUGGGAUGUGUGUACCCCGGCUACCUUUUGGGAAAUCGAACACGGUUUCUGGGUCCGAUGACGAGUGUAGUGAGCCGCUUGUUACGCGUUCUGAUAAGGAUGCUGUUCAGGAUCAACAGCAUACGCUGGCUGAAACCAUUGAUACAAAUGAUAAUUAUGACAUACAGGUUAAGCAGGUUAUACAGGAUGAAGCUGAUGACGUCAUGGAAGAGAUGGUGCAGCGUGGACUUGGUUUACGAGAAGGUAUGGAAGUUAAAGUAACCUCAUCUGAUGAGCGUGCUGAGUCAGAAAGUCACAUCAUCACCGACGAUUCCUUGACGAACAUAACAAGUGAAACGAGCUCCAGCCUCUCACAGGACGGUGAACAAUGGGUUUUAAGCUACCAACACUCAAGAGACUUUUCAUCUAACCCGGUUACCGAAUCAGAUAUAAUUUUCCCGAGUGAAGAAGCCGAACGACAGUCUUUUGGUUCCCGAGCAUCUUCGGAGCUAAGUUCGAGCUCAUACUCGGAACAGUUUUCCGACACGGACUCAUCGUACAAUAGUUGUGACUCGGAAUCACCUCGCCCUCUCUCGCCAGCCUCCUCGCUAAACAGCAGCGACACUUACUUCAACUCACCACGUGACUCCUCCUGCACGGACACGCCCACACCUGACAGAGACAUGCGCUCUGACAACUCCGUGGAAAUUGAGUACUACGAGCGCAUGGCUAGAGAAAAGUCUGGUGCCAGCGGGAGUAGUAGCAACAGCUCUACUAUUCGAACGCAGUCUAACGCAUCACUUGGCAGUGUGGGUAAUAUUUCCCAGAGUUCAAUGGGUAGCUUUUCUAGUGUUAUGUCUGAGAACGUCGUUCGGAGUCGACUCAGUGCGUCUGCUCGGAGCCAGCUGUCCUCGGACAGCUGUGAAGAAGAAAUUGUUUGGAAGAAAGGGAACUUGUUGGGAAAAGGAGCAUUUGGAACGGUGAGUAGGCGUUUUGAUUACCAGCAAUCGUAAAAAUGUUUGAAGUCGAAAAACCUCCUGUGUAUUCAUUACUGUCAAACCUUAAUAUAGUCUGCUUCACAGCCGUUCUUUGCCUCGUCACGCAACGCUCCUCCCCACAAAGCGUUGCGUAACGACCCCAAAACGGCUGUGGAGCAGGCUACCGCGUUAUUGGCCACCCGAUUGUUUCUUCAUUGUUGCUGAUUCUUUCCUGAGCCUCCUCCUUUUUAUUUUUUGAUCGCAAUGUUUAAGAACACCUUGUCUGCAACCUGUUCAUCCUGAAUUUUUCGUGAUCUCGUAUUCUGUAAAUUUAACGUUUGUGUGGCGCACAUUUUUUCCAGGUUUGGUGCGGUCUCACUAACACAGGAGAGAUGAUUGCAGUAAAACAAGUUGAACUCAAUCACAGCAACUGGGACGAAGCUGAAAAGGUAUUUAACCAUACACAGGGUUCUCAUUAAGUGCCGGCAGCCGGCUAAAAAGCCCACUACUUGGAGGUUUGAGCCAUCUACGUUUUGGGGAAAUAGGGUAAAGUGAGAGGGUGAAUAUAACCGAUUUUCAACGAUUCUUUCAUUCAAAAUGAACACCGAGUUGAGACCAUGUACUGAACUUGCGCCUUAACUUCUACACUGUAUUAGUAUAAACCACUCAGUUCAUAAUUGCGGCCAUCCUCGGAGACCCAGGGGGAGAUAGUGGGGACGAGGGAAAGUCUAAACGGGUGGAAAAAUAUGGCACGAAGAAAAGUAAUGAACGGCGAGAAGAGCCCCUGGGGACAAUGUCUUACCGCCGUUCUGGCUUCAGAUUGGUGCCAGAAAAACACAAGUUUUCUGGCACAUUUUUAUAAAUGAACCUUUUUGGUCUCGUUUGAAAGUAACAAUUCUUUUUUAUUUUGCACGUGUUAAUGAGGUCAGACAGGCUAAUUAUCAUACAUAAAACAAAUGUAUCAAUAGGACCCGAUAAAUUCCCAUUUUGUUGUUCCGCUCAGGGUCAGAACAGCUUACCUGCAUAUUUUAGCCUUAGCAAAUAUUGCAUUUUAUGAGUGGUCGCUGUAGUUUUCUCUUCUUUAACUUUUUUUAGCAAUACGAAAAACUUCAGGAAGAAGUGUUCCUGCUGAAAUCUCUGAAACACAAUAACAUAGUCAAGUAAGUAUAGAACUGUUUUUUUUUUUAGUCUUAUUCUGAGCGAGGUAGAUUUCUUUCCCUGGUCAAGAUCCUUACAGGUUCUAGAAUCAAGGAGGUGGUUAACUAUACAAAACGCAAUCCGUCAGGCCUCACGCAAGCACAUAUACAUAAUCUAAGCAUUUUGCUGGGUAUUGCUUAUCGUAUUAAAGCACAAUUUAGUUAACAUCUUUCUUCUCGCAAUUUAGUCACGGCCAUAGAUCGGGAAGUUCCGUCUUUUAAGUCCCCUAAAGACUUCUUUCCACACCAGUGCCGUACCUUGUCAUCGGGAUGAUCAGACUGGUACGAAACUAAUGUUUUAUGGCAAGUUUUGUGACCAUUUUCAUAUUCUUGUUUUCCUCGACUGUUUUUAGGUUCAUUGGCACUUGUUUAGAUGGGGGCGUGGUAAACAUCUUCAUGGAGUACGUGCCCGGCGGCUCCAUUGCCUCUAUACUUGCCCGGUAAGGUUCCAAAACGAAAGCGGUAGUGUGUUGCUUAUUCAGUCUAUAUCCACGCUGCGCUACGCCCGUUGAAAAUAGUAAACUCAUGCAAACGGAAGCGUUUAUGGCUUAUGUAAACGGUACCCUGUAGCUGUUAUUUCCGUAGUUGGUUUGUUUACACGCAGACAAGCCAACUACGCGAAUGUCAGCAAAGCGAAUGACUUCCUAAAUGGUAAAAACCCUGCCAGACUGGAACUUUUACCAGCAGAGUAGAAAAGGUUGGGAAACACAUACAUUGCUACAAUAAGGAAGGGUUAAUUUGCGGCUUCUGAUGUGAGACACAUCAUACGUUAUCUUACCAUACCCUACGCCGUUCGUGGCCUGUGUAUGGCCAAAACUCAUUUUUGUACGAGCAUUUACGUCGUAGCUUUCGAGUGAAUAAGGAAAUUCAAGGGUGAACUGUGUAUUUAAUGUGACUGUUUCACUGUCUCUUAGGUUUGGAUGUCUUGAUGAGUCUGUUUUCCGUCGCUAUACUAAGCAGCUGUUGUCAGGCGUGUCCUAUCUUCAUAACAACAACGUUAUUCAUAGGUUAGUAAUUCACAGCCAGUUUCAACUAAACUGUUACUUAAUCCUUACAUGGCACCCGCUUUAAGAUUUAAAGCAAAGCACUGGUAUUUUUGUUUUCCGCUUUCUACGCAGAUCUUCAUGAAAAAUGAAAUGUACAACGUCAUAAAAAUAGAAUAAAUCAUAGUAAUAAUGAUAAUAGUAAACUUGAAUAGCGCCGAUUUUAAUAACAGCGCUAUUUUCAUAAGCGCUUAAAAGAAAAUUGUAAUAAAAUCCUUAAAAUGAACCUUGGAAAAGUACAACUAAAGGGGUUUUUGUUUGAAAGAUGAAACCGAAGUCUGUCAUCCUCUACACCUUUCACUCCCAAAAGGGCCGAGGUGAAAAUUCAACAAAAGUUACAAUUUUGAUUUUUUAAAGUGCUAAAAACAAAUUGUACCCUUUGAAAUUAAUGCCGGAGAGGUUUCAUUUGAAUGGUCAUACCGCAGUAUCUCGUCCAUACACUCAAAGUUUAGUACAGUUAAUACGGACACUGAGCGGGCCAUAGAAAGUGUCCGUAUUAACCAGGUGUCCGUAUUGAGGCGCAAAGCAAACUGUCCGUAAUAAUGUUGUGUUUGUAUUGAGCGGGUGUCUGUAAACGGGGGUUUGACUGUCAAUAGUCAAUAUCAAUCAAUAAUUUAUUUACCGUAUUUAUUCGAUUAACCGCCCUGGGCGCUUAUUAAAUUUUUGGGCCUUGAGAGUGGGCGCUUAUUCGAGGCUGGGCGCUUAUUAAAUUUUCACCAUUCUCAGCAAGGGUAGUAGUAUAUUUUGCAACAAGACAGUAAAUGGUACGAACAAAAAGCAAAGAUGUAAAAAAGCAAAGUUUCUGUAAAAUACUCUGAAGAAAAUUUCGUCUUUGGGAGGGUCUCUUGUUAUCUCUUAUAGCCGAAACCAAUUAUGGAAUUGCACGCAUUUUAGGCAUCCUACUGAUGAACAGUUAGGACACGUAGAUAUAUUUUUACGGUACCCACGUUAUCGUCUAAGAGCACAAGUGCUCGUUCAAAAUACAAACUUGCAUUAAAAACCACCUUACAAGACUCCAUCAUCAUUCAUUUAAGGGCCAAGGGUACAAGAAGCCCUUCUUACCAUCUUGAAUAUCAAAUUGACCAUGAAGUGGCUAAUUACAGUCAGUCAUAAUAUAGAAAUCUACAUAGGAAAAAAGCGUUGUAAGGAUUAGUCUUUUUUCCCUUUCAUUCAAGUAGUGCUAAGUUGUGAACCUCGUGCUAUUUUCAUCUUGCAGAGACAUCAAAGGUGGGAACAUUAUGGUUAUGCCUAGUGGUGUUCUCAAGUUGAUAGACUUCGGUUGCGCUAAACGUUUGUACAUGGUACGUUUGUGCUUAUAAAUUAUGGACAGCAAUUCCUUGCUUUUAAUCAACGUCGUUUACAGCGUCCUCUCCUACUCGGGGGACGAGUCGGAGAGGACUGUGGGAACGAGGUUUUUAAUAAGAAGAGCAUUUAAGGUUUUCCACUACUGGUAAAUGUGCCCGAGUUGUUUUACUAUUUUGCAACGCAAACUAGUAAGCAGCGGAAACCAUCUUCGUUUGCAAAGUUCAUUACAUGAAUCAGAGGUUAAGUAAGGCGCCAACAAUACAAUAGACCACGUACCUGACCCUGAUCCCCUGUCAGCAUUUUACUGACAAGAUUCUGGCCUUUUCUAGGCUCCAACCUGGACACUAUAACCUGUAGCCAACAACUGUCAUACUAAGCCCAUCCAACGGCGUUUUCACUGACCAGUUUAUAUUUAGCAUCAUUUUGCGGCACUUUUUCCCGCGAACAUGGAAGAACCGUCCCGUAUGUGUACCCAUCCAUAGUAGAAUAAUGACUAUCAAAACAUCAGAAAUACUAUUUCCUAGCGUCCAGUUUUUGCUGCCUGAUUUGUAAGACUUAUUUGAUGGUCAAAAUUCGCGAGAAAAUCGGUGUUAAAACAAAGUGAUCUGUGAAGGCACCUUUGCAUGGGCACAAAAAGUUUCUUGCUCCGAGUUAUGGGCUCCUGCCCCAAGAUAGUAAUUUGCAGAGAUCGUGAAAACUGAUUUGAUGCGAAAAACCCGCGAGGGCAUUGGAGACAAAAGGAAGGCACGAAGGAAGUCAGCUCCCAUCUCUGUGGCUGGGUGUCAAACCUGACCUUCAGGAAUUAUCUUUUCAUAUCACGUAUUAAAAGCCUUUUUCGCGACCUCACGUGUUUGUAAAUUUGUUUCAGAAUCUUAGUAUGAGUCAGAGCAAUAUUCUUCGGUCCAUGAAAGGCACACCCUACUGGAUGGCGCCCGAGGUUAUACGGGAGACUGGACACGGCCGGAAGUCAGAUAUCUGGUCAGUGAAAUUUUUCCUUGUCUCCUUUGUUAUUUUAAAGUCUAUUGUGCUUAUGGCAUUUAUUGGUUUCUACGUGUCGGUGAUUAUUUACAGUUAAUCUAUUUAUUUUAUUUAUUUUUUAUCAGGAGUGUUGGAUGCACAGUUUUUGAAAUGGCUACCGCAAAACCUCCAUGGUAAGUCGUCAAUUGCGAGCCUACCAUCAAAGAUUUCCGGUAAUGAGUAUUAGAGAAAGACUUAACACUUGAACAUACAGUACUGCUUGGAAGCAAGUUUGUUGUCACUCGUGUCUCGAGACUCGAGACUUCAAACCCGAAAUUUUCAAAUCUCGAGUCUCGAGGCGAGACUUUCGAGUUCGGUACCAAAGUUUCGAGUCGAGAAAUGUAAAUUGUUAAAAUGUAGAAAUGUGGUAGUGUAAGACAAUCGUAAGUAAAAACAACUGUAUUCUGUUGUACUGGCUUAAUUUGGUAUUUUAAGAGUGCGAUAAGAGGCCUUUUUUAAUGAGAAAAAGAAAUUACACCAAAAUAUUUAUCAAGUCUCUUACUUUGCUUUUCAGGUCCGAUAUGCCUCCAAUGGCCGCUAUCUUUGCCAUCGGAAGUGGCUCGUUGGCGAUUCCGCAACUUUCCGAAGAUUUCUCGGAAGGCGCUCGGGACUUCGUAAACAAGUGUUUGACCAGGUAUUUUUUUUAUGUUUUAUGAUAGAAAGAACUUUAGGUAGGCCCACAAAGUUUACAAUGUUAACCGACUCUCAUACUCUUCCAGGUUUGCCCGAUGUUAAAGAAAACUUUGAAAUGUACUUUUCCCGUAUGCAUCAAUAUGUCACUAAUGAUUUUUCACCUUUAUUAAUAAGCCAUCUGUUUAUAAUUGCAGGGACCCGGACUUGCGCCCCACGGCUGAUGAACUUCUUCAACACCACUUCCUAAACGACUCUCAGUAAUAGAAACAAUAGACCCGAGAUUACCUGUCGCAGAGUAUUCCGCAAAGCUCUGACAACGUAAGAGAGUAUCUCUUUCUCUUUCGCGGCUUGUCGACUUAAUUUCCCUUGAGGAGAAAGGAAACCUCAAAAUUUAUCAAACAAAAAGUAAAGGGCUUUCGUCAACGGUAUCGCCAACUUGUUUGCGUAGCUACGUCCCCUUCCCCUCCCCCGUAUUUAAGUUUAAGACUCCUAAGUUUAUUGAUGCGCCCAUGUUGUAGCAUUUACUAGUCUUGUUACAAAUAUUUAAAUUAUUAUAAAAGCAGAGCUUAAUUUGGUGAAAUAUUGUAUAAAUUUUUUUUAUGUAAUAUUCACUAAAUAUAGAGAUCUUUACUUCAGUGAUCUCUCUUUAAAAAAAGUGAAAUAAUAUAUUUGCAAUUUGCGUUACUCCAGCUUCGCUGCUACGCUCUCCGAGAAGUAAAAUUCUCAGUUCAUAUCGAAGGAUAAAUGUAUGAUAUGCCACAAAUUUCAUACUUAGCAUCCAAGC